AUGGCGUCGUCUUCUGGAUCCCCUCGAUCCCCCGUCGACCAGGUUUCGAUCCUGUUAAACCCUAAUCCCUGGGACGAGGCUCCGUGUCGGGACGCAUUGUUGUCGUGUCCUCGAUCUGACGUUUCCACCAUUCUCAUCGCUAAAUUUUCUCGAUUCCUACGGAGAAGCGUGGGAUUUUCUUUCAAGCGUAAGAUUUUUACCGUAGGGUUUCCUCGCGCAGUUAUGUUCUUCGAGAAUGAAGCAGACGCCGUCGUCGAAGAGCGAAAAGAUAAUCGAGGAUGCAAAAAAUUUGCCGACCGUGUCUCCCGGCACCAAGGGUACGUUGGACGGGUACCUGGUGAGGACCCCCGAUGCUAAAAGCCCUCCGUCCGCUCGACAACACAAGAACAAGAGCAGAGCGAAGAAGAACUUGAAAUUGGUUUCGGACCGGAACACUGAUUUCCCAGUGGAGCCGGCGUCUCCAUCCUGCUCUACGCGGCCUAGAGAUAUUCAAGCGGAGGUUGAAGACCAAAGAUGGGUCCGUUCAGGGGUAAAUUCCGAAGGGUCUGAUGACCGUAUCGGUUCAAAUGAUCUUUGUGGCGGUGGCGGAAAGACAAAACCUCUACCAGAGGAGACGGAGAGUACCGAACUAAGAAGGUUUGCUGCCAAUUUCUUGUCUCUGUAUUGCGGGUAAAGUUCCAUCCUCAUAAGAAUCAUUCUUCCUUUCAAGAUCAUCUACUUUUCUUCAGUUAUUGGUGAUUUUAAUUGCGAAUUUUGUCAAAUACACUUAUCACGGACGUUCAUUUUUUUUCUGUGAUCCGUCUUUAAUUCUCUUUUAUAUUGGUUGCAUAGCGAACUUCCCUCUGCUGUGAAUUUCGAGGCGGAACAGAGGCAGAAUGUCUAUAAACGAAAUGGUAGUCCGUCUCUGCAAGGUCCAAAGAUCGAAGUAUGUACUAAGAAGCAACGCAUGACAAUUCUGGAUGAUUUAUCACCUGAAGUGGUGAAUGUACGUUCUCGUGAAUGCUUUUCUGAACUCAAGGAGUCUUCCUCGAGAAUUAAACCUGAUGAAGCAGUUGUCUCUCAUUUACGGGAGCUUGAUGUAAGUGCUUUGUGAUAUUUUGCAUCGUUUACUUGGUGAACAGGUCAAACGAUGACGGUUGAAUAUUUGUACAGGUAGUAGUUCCACGUGGGUCCCAUGGGGAACCCGGUACAGCAGAUAGGGAGGCCUUUUCAGGUCGAAAAAAAUGCAAUAAUACACCAACUUCGGGCUUGUAUAGAGGAGAGUGUGACACACCUGGAUCAGUCACGGUCUCUUGUAACCGGAAAACUCCUAUGUCAUCUUACAGAAGUUCCAUUUUCUCCCCAGGGGAAGAAUUUUGGGCUGAGGCAAUUCAGGUUGCUGAUGGCUUGUUUGGUUCAGGGGAUAGAUUGUCUCUUCAAGUUCCUAAUGGAUUUGAUUCUUGCAAAGGCCAAUUUAAGACAGAGCACUCGGAAAGUGGUGGACAUUGCAGUAAGGUUCUCGAGGUGGGACUCUGUACCAUGCCUUCGGAGGACAGAGAGCAUAUUCUUGGAGAAUUUGAUGGUAUUUCCGAAGCAAGACCUCUUAAAUUAGAUGCUUCUUUGAAAUUAACCGGUAAGAGUAUGGAAAUAAUUGCUUGUCAAAAUGUAUCUCCACUUCCAGUGAAGCAUUUUGAUUUCUCACAUGAGCACCACAACUUUGAUAAAAAUAAAGGGCAUGAAUAUUUCGAUGACAAAAUGAAAGAUGCCAUACCUCCAGGGAGUGAAAAAACUGCUGUUAGAUAUAUGGCUGGUAAAGUUAAGAAGAGUGACGUUAUUUGCCGUUCUCCAGAGAGACCUGGAGAUAACCAUACUGAAAAAGAGAAGCCAAAAUCUUAUUUGGGAAUGCGUGCAGAUGUUCCAUACUCUUUCUCUGAGGAGUCACCAACGACAUUGAAAGCUGAACUUUGCAAAGAGAUAGAGAGUUCUCACCCACAUGCUUCUGAUGAUGAGAAAGAUGUAUUUCAGUAUCCGAAUCUGCCUUGCACAAUGCCUAAUGUAGAGGAAGAACCCAAAAGUUGCUUGGUUGUUGGUGGCAAAAACAAUGUUGCUGGUACUCCUUCAAGCUCCAUGCCACUUAAAGAUUGUGUAAGGCUUAAUACGUGGCUUCCCUCUGAAGUAUGCAGUGCCUACAUGAAGAAAGGCAUUUCAGCACUUUAUCCCUGGCAGGUACUUUUCUACUUUGUCUGCCUCUUUAAUAUGCAACAUCUGAUGCCUUGGUUGGUGACUGAAUCUCGUUUGUUGUUAGUUCAGGGUUCGUUAAAUAUUGAUAUAUCGUACUAGAAUUUGUCAUAUCGUCCUAGAUAAAGUGCGGUUAAUUUUGGAGAGUAUUUUUAGUCUGGAGGUGGAAUAGUAUGCUUCAAAUAUCUGUUGGAAAAACAAGUCAUGUAUCCCUACAUUUUUCUCAACUGAGAUCAUGUAGGAACUGUAAAUAGUUGACAGAAGUGUCAAUUUUUUUUCCUAUUGUAUGCCCAUGUGAUGUUUGGACGACCGUGUCAUUUAAAAGCUUUUCUUGUCUAUGCACCCGGGGCCAGCUGUGUCCAACUUGGUUAACUAGUCCUGUAUGCAGCCUAAUGUCCGAGAUAAAGGGACAGUGAUAUGGAUAUUAGAGGACGGACAGUGAGAGAAGAAUUCUAGCGAAGUCAGAGACUGAUGGAAGGCGAGGUUGUGAAAGUGGACAGGCAGCAGAAAAGGAUAUUGAGAUUGGAGGCAACUGGGCAAUAAGAGAUGAGAAAGAGGGAAGUGGGAGAGGAGGGGCAAUAGAGCAGGGAGGAUGCAACCGGGGGAGAAAGAGGGGUGAAAGAGAAGAAGAGUGGGCUACGAAAAGGAGGAAGCAUAUCAGAGAAGGGAAUGGAAGGAGAAUGUGCCAGAGGAGGGAGUAAAGUUAGGCUUUGCCGGGGGAGGACAGGGACGAGGGUGGUCUGAAGGGGGAUUGUAGCAUUAGAGGAAGGGGUGGGUUUCCAUUGGAGUAGGAGAGGUUGGUUGAGUGGGGGUAUUCAAAGGACGUUGGACACCGUUCAGACUUGCACACUGGACCUACUUAAGCCUGGUGUUGUUCAUAUCUUCUUAAGACUGUUGAGAUGUUUUUUCUGUUAAUAUUUUUGGGUUGCCCAAUCGUUCUUGAAAAGCAGCUGUACUAGGUGGAUCCAGUUGCCGUCCCUAUUGUGAUAUGCAUUGAUUCAUUCAGUUCACGAUGUUAUUUUUAUGGUAAUAAAUACAUUUAAUUUAAUGUCAUUUCCAUUUUAAUUAGGAGCAUACAAUGAUUUUUGAUUUUUUUUCUUUGGUUGAAAAUUAUUGAAAAACAAUGACAUUGUAAUGGCUUAUGAAGUGCGCUGUGGUUCUAAGUUUUCACUAAUUAUUCUGGGGGAUGUGUGAACAUUUUGUGAUUUUGAUUGUUCAAAAAUGUAGGUUGAUUGCCUUCAGGUUGAUGGUGUGUUGGAGAAAAGAAAUCUUGUUUACUGUGCAUCUACCAGGUAUUUGAUAAAAUUCAUUAUAAUCCCAGUGAAGUUCAUUCUUGUGCCAACUUUUGAAUUUUAUGAUUUUUGUUUCGGGUUCUGGUACCCCAAGAUUAGCUGGAUUUCCUUUCUUAAGAUACUAUUAUUGUUAUUUAUGUUAUCUGAAACUGUUAAAUUCCUUGUUUACUUUUUCAUAUCAUGAUAAAGUGUAUUCCUAUGUGAACUCAGGGGGUUUUAAGAAGGGUAGGGAAAGAAAGAGAUAGACCAUAGUCAGACAAGGGGCAUAGGAUGAAAGAGAACAGUCGGAUAUGAGAGGUAUACUGUAGAUGUUACUGAAUGCUUUCCAGAUUGGUGCAUUCUUUUUCUAAGGCUUUCCUUAGAAAGAUAUACAAGUUUUCGAUCGAAUCCUUAUUUAGGUUUUCUUAAUUUGGUCCUUCCGCUGUUUUCUAAAUUUCUCUCAUUUACUCAUAUCCUAAUUUUAUUUUUCCCCUUUAAGCAGUUUUCUUAGGGUUCAUUUGGUUUUAUAGUCAACUUCCCUGUGUUCACUUUUUUUGUUGACAUAAUUGCAUGUACAUUUGCCUUCUAGGAAAAUAUAUGAAAUCAUGAAUUUCAGAUUGGAUUUUUUAUUUCGGUAUAUAUGAAUUUAGUUCAUCUGAGUCAGCAAUAGGCUGUUGUAGCAAUAGAUAUUUUCCAAGUCCUAAUAUUUUCAGUCACCUAAGGAUCAUGUUCAUCUCCAAGCAUUUUGGGCCCACAUAGGUGGUAGUUACCAACUUUUUGCUUUCAUUGCUUUCCGUUUUUGUUUAUUAUUUUUCUCGUAUAUUGGUUUGCUUUCAUCAAAAUUUUAAACUCAACUUCUCUUCUCAAGAGUGAUAUUGAAUAACCAUGAUCUAUUUCCUUCAAACACUCCAAAAGAUUUUGCUUUAGUUUAUGAUUUGGAUAUGUCACCUUCAACUUUAUAACAUUUAUCAGCUGAUUAGCCGCAACUUUUGGUGAGUCUCAAAUCAUACUCAUGGACAAUGUCAACAUUGGGAGCAUCCCUAAACAUCAAGAAUGCAAUAGAGUUUUGGCCAUACCCUUGGUCUUUGUUAAGAAAUUCUCUUUUUGUAUGAAAGAGUAUUCCGUCCAAUGAAUGAAACUGUUAUUUCUUUUAAAUGAUAAGUAACAUACCAGUUUUGUACUCAAGAGUAUAGCACAUGAUUUUACUCAUCAAACAUCUAUUUCAGGUUGUUCUUUCAGACGUUCUUACUAUGUCGAUGCUAUUGACAUAAUUACUGAUUAAGAGUUUUUGACUGUCCUCUAUGAUGUACUCAGACAAAUCCUCUUUUUCUAAAUAUUUUGAUCAACACUUCUUAAUAUUAGUGUGCCUUAAUUAUUACUACCGUUCUACAUUAUGCAUUUAUUCUGAUGUGUUUCUUAUCUCAUCAACAAUGUCAUAAGACAAUAAAUAUUUGGGCACUUUUGAUAUGGUGUAUUGUUUAUUAGGAUGCUCUAUGACACCGCUAUGAUCGUUCUUUUUUUGUUGAAAUGGUUGAUAGUGCUGGAAAAAGUUUCGUUGCUGAAAUUUUGAUGCUUCGGCGUAUUAUAUCAACUGGAAAAAUGGCUUUACUUGUCCUACCAUAUGUAUCCAUUUGUGCAGAAAAGGUAACCUUUUGAAUGUCUUAUUUCUUUUUAAGGUGUGGUUUAGUACUUUCGCAUGAUCUUUUACACCCCCUCUUCAGGCAGAACAUCUCGAAUCACUUCUGGAGCCACUUGGAAAACAUGUUCGAAGUUUCUAUGGAAAUCAAGGUGGUGGAUCUCUUCCAAAGGAUACUUCUGUUGCCGUCUGUACAAUUGAAAAGGCAAAUUCCUUAAUCAAUAGGUUACUGGAAGAGGGCCGUCUUUCUGAAGUUGGAAUAAUUGUGAUAGAUGAACUUCAUAUGGUAAUUUGCCUCCUUGUUUUUCCUUCAAUAUUUUCUGUCACCUUUCAUUCCUUGACCUUGGUGUGUCAGUGUGCUCGUUUGCAUCGUUUGUCUCAUAGCUGUAUCAAUGAGCCACUUAUGUAAAUGCCAUUUGGGUGGCACGAUGUUCCAUUUUCUAAAACAAUGGGAUGGUUGCUACGUGAAAUUAUUCUUUCUUUCUUGAAAAUGUGAUUUUUAUGGAAAUUUGGUUUCUACCUGCAAUUAUUCUGUUAUCUUUUUUGAGGACACAUUUGGUGAAUCAUUGUUUUUUUUUUUUUUUUAUCACUGCGUUUGAAAUUCCUUUUAAAAUGUUUUUUUAAUUAGUCUUUUAGUGUUUAGUUUAUAUUUAGCUUGUUAGUUCAAGUUCUUCUACACACUUUUCUCCAUUUGGUGAUAGAACCUGCUUCGUUUUUGAACACUUUAUGUGCUUCUAGUUUUUUGAUUAUUCAUUUUCUUGGUUCUGAUUAUAGACGUAUCGUUGCUUUGGCAGGUAGGUGAUCAGCAUAGGGGCUAUCUCUUGGAACUUUUGUUGACAAAACUUCGUUAUGGAUCUGGAGAAGGAAAUACUGAAUCAAAUAGCGAAGAUUCUACUGGGACAAAUAGUGGGAAAUCAGAUAUUUCUCAUGGUCUGCAGAUCGUCGGAAUGAGUGCAACUAUGCCAAACGUGGCUGCUGUAGCUGAUUGGCUUCAAGUAAGCAAGAGUUAAUUGUUGUUUCAUAUUUUUUAUACAUUCAAAAUUGACAUUUUGGAAGUUCUCAAUGUGUCAGUUGUCAUUGAUGGCAUAUUUUCGAAUUCUUUCUGAAGUGUCAGACAGAGAAAUAUGGUGAAUAAAUCUCCUGCUGGCAGGUUACACCAAAGGACGUUUUUAUUAGUAGUCUUUAAUUAAAAUAACUAAGUUGUUUGAGUAGAUGGCUUUCCGUUUAGUCUAAAUUCAUUCUCUAUUCACUUGUUCACUGAAAAGUUUAAUCCGUCCUGCAUUGUUUUCUGUAGAUAGUCAAACCAUCCAACUCAUCAUCAAUUGCUACUGUGUAGAAUACGAUCGCGUACUUAGCCACAAUAAUUUUUUCUUCUUGUCAGUGUGGGAGUGGUCUGAAUUGUUUCCUUUGGUUCACUGUCACUGCCAGGUGAAAAUGGAUUAGGUGAGUCGGAUAAGUCAGUUUGUUCUCGUCCCUGUAUAAUAUCAAGAAUCUUGAGGAGAUCUAGACGAAGAUUUGCUAUUCAUGUUCCUAUUCCAUGAUGCAUACUCUUUAAGUUUUCGAUGGAAUAUUUGGUGCCCUGUCAAGACAGGUAAAAUGUACACGCACUUCCUUUUGAAACUCCAGUCUCUUUACUAAAACAUUCUUAAAUCUCCCAAAGAUCUACAGAUCUUAUGAGUAGGGUUUCUUUGUGUAAUCCAUAUCAACUACAUGUUCAUCAUUUUUUACCUCUAUUUUUCUGCAUCAUAGAGACUUAACGUCACCUAUUUCAUGAAUUUUGAAUAUGGCUUAUUUCUCAUGGUGUUCAGGCAGCACUUUACCAGACAGAAUUCCGGCCUGUUCCAUUGGAAGAGUACAUUAAGGUUGGAAACAACAUUCUCAGCAAAAGUUUGGAGGUUAUCCGGACUAUCCCAAAGAAUGAUAAUCUUGGGGGUAAAGACCCGGAUCAUAUUGUAAAGUUGUGUGACGAGGUAUGCUACGUUUCAUCUUGUUAAAACAUGUGUUAUUUUUAACUUUUUUAAUAAUUCGUUAUCUAUUUGGGAGAUACUUUAACACCUUAAUAUUUAUUUCUUUGUUUGUUUGCAGGUUGUUCAAGAAGGUCAUUCUGUUCUUCUUUUUUGUUCCAGUAGAAAAGGUUGUGAAUCGACUGCAAAGCAUAUCUCUAAAUUUCUUAAAGUAUCUUCCGUCAGUUCCCAUGGAUCGGCUCGUGAACAUGAUGAUGCUGCUUCAGUUAUUGAAGCCUUGAGAAGGUGUCCUGCUGGAUUAGAUCCUGUACUCGAGGAGACAAUACCUUCUGGUGUAGCAUAUCACCAUGCUGGCCUCACAGUAAGACUCACAACAUUCUUGUGUCAUCUACAAUUUUUCUGUCUGCACUAUACUUCCAUGUUCUAUAAGUCAUUAUUGAUCGUACUUUCUUGUGAUUCUUUGUCCCUUGUCAGUUGGGACUCCUGUGAUAUAAAUGUAUGUUCAUUCCCAAUUAGUUUUGAGUUACAUGGCCAAAUAAUUUCACAUAUUCACUGCAACUGUCAGACUUGGAUAAAUUCUCAUAUUAUGGGCAAUUUUGCAUUUUUUUUUCCUGAAACAGGUUGAGGAAAGGGAGAUUGUUGAGACUUGUUAUCGUAAUGGUCUUGUUCGUGUAUUGACUGCAACAUCGACCUUAGCUGCAGGAGUCAAUCUUCCUGCUAGGAGGGUUAUAUUUCGUCAACCAAGGAUUGGACGUGAUUUCAUUGAUGCGACAAGAUACAAGCAGAUGUCUGGUCGUGCAGGUCGAACGGGAAUAGAUGCACGAGGCGAAAGUGUAUGGUGUUAUCUUCAGUGCAUUUCUUUUUAUACAUAUGAAAUAACAAGACCAAUGUCUACUGCAAUGCUCUUUUUUAUGUGGUUGAACUUAUUCCUUUCCACAUUGCAUAGUCUUUCGGGGUGCUGUUUCAAAUAAGAAGAUUAGCUGUUCAUCUGGCUCAAACGAACCAGUUUUUUACGGAUUUUUUUGUCCCAUAAUAUUCAAAGCGUCCAGAUUGCUUGUUACCCCUACCAUUGUAAUGCAAUUUACAAAAAAAGGAAAUAGAGGGGGAGAUAUACUAUGCAUACUUUUUAUUAGAAUAUCCCCGAAUUUUUUAAUAUAAAAGCAAAACAUAUGGAUAUAAAUUUAGGCACACUCUACUUAUUGUUAAUUGGUUCGGAGUUGGAUGGCUCAAUAGUUUAAGGUUGUAUUGGGGCCAUUGUUUACUGUUCAGUUGCAUGUAUUCUAUUUAUCUUGUCUACAUGUCUCUGUCUGAAAGUUGGCUUACAUGUGAAUGUGUAUUUGAGAAUAAUCAUGUAUUGGUUAAUGUAAAUCUAUCCUGUAGGAAGAAAAUAUCAACUCGGCAUAUUCUUCUUUCAUUGUUUUAAAAUAUCUUUCAUAUCCAGAUAUUGAUUUGCAAACAAGAAGAAAUCAAGAGAAUCACAUCUAUGCUUAAUAAUAGCUGUCCACCGCUGCAAUCUUGUCUCUCUGAGGAUAAAAAUGGAAUGACUCAUGCAAUCUUAGAAGUUGUUGCCGGUGGACUCGUCCAGACUCCCAAUGACAUUAAUCGUUAUGUAAGAUGCACCCUUCUGAACUCAACAAGACCAUUUGAAGCGGUUGUGAAGUCUGCUCAGGAUUCUCUCCGUUGGCUGUGCCAUAAUAAGUUUCUUCAAUGGGAUCAGCAAUCUCAGCUGUACACUGUGACACCUCUUGGACGUGCGAGUUUUGGCAGUUCUCUCAAUCCUGAAGAGUCACUUGUAAUACUCCUGAACUUUUCUUUACUUUGAUAAGUUACUUUGAAGAGUCACUCAAUAAUUGAUGUUAUUGAAUUUGAAAUAAGCAUAGUUUUCUUUACUUUUUUCCAGGUGGUCCUGGAUGAUCUGUCAAGGGCUAGGGAAGGAUUUGUCCUUGCAUCUGAUCUGCAUCUAAUCUAUAUAAUUACACCCAUUAAUGUUGAUGUUGAGCCAGACUGGGAGUUAUAUUAUGAACGAUUUAUGGAACUAUCUACUCUUGAUCAGGUAAUUUUCUUUUUUACUUUUAUUAGAUGCACCUCAUCUUAAUCUGGAAGAAUUGUGAAACCAGGAUCUUGAUCUUCUUCUUGAUCUUCUUGAUCAGGUCUUUGCCAUCCCCUCUCACUAGAGCUACCUAGAAAAUCCCUUUAGAGUAGAUUCCCAAAAAAGUCUUAUCUCAAUUAACCUCUACACCGGUUUAAAUACCGGUUACAUCUAUAGUGGACCAAGCCCUCUUAUUUUUGAAGAAAGAAAGGGAGAGCCCAUUAAGUAGUCUAUAACUGACUCACUUAAGGGCCCAAAUAGAAGAGAGACACUACAUAAGAUAAAAACACAAUAAGGCGAUCCUAGCUUGUCUGACACGAAUGUUGUUUAAAAAAUGGAGAGGUGAAUGAAUAAUUUUUCAGUGAUUUAGUAUUUUGAAAUUAUAAUAAUUGUGUUUCUGUACAUCCUGUUGUAAAAAGGACGGGUGACAAGGGAAAUUUAGAAGAUUGAAAAUCAUAGAUUCUUGUUUAUGAUUGCAGUAGUAAUGAAACCUUCUUAUACAUCAUAAGUGCAGUAGUAGAGCCGUCAGUUGCAGUAUGAGGCCUAACCAUCAGAGUAGAGCUGCCUUUUGGGAAAGAGGGGGUGACCAGAGUCUAUUAAAAAAAAGGUAGCAGCAACCUUUGGCCCACAUAGCGCAUAAUACGCGCCAUGUAUUGCAAACAUUGGCUUCAUGGAUGCCCCAUAUCAUGUGGUGGUGAUUGGUUGCUUUUCAUGGUCCUGAGGGUUCAUGUCACGUGGCUGUGGUGUCUCACAUUAUGCCUGGCUUUAUAUGAAGGGCAUGUUUGUUGACUCGGUUUUGUUGUGCAGUCACUCUUUCUUGUUGGCUUGAGUCGCGAGUUAGCUUGGCCCGACGAUGAGGGAGGGAUGAGAGGCAGAUGUUGUUACACAGAAAUAUGCAGAGAAGAAAUCAGGAGUGAAGAGAAGAAGGAAAUGGGGGGAAAGAGAAGCACAAUCGUCCUACUUUAAUGCCAUCAGUAAGUAAGCAGAGAAGAGUCAGUUUUAGAUGAACUUCUAUGAGCUAACCUUCCCUUCAUAGCAUAUAGGGGAGUGGAAGGGAUCCGAUUUGAUACAGCAUUAGGUCAUUUAGCCCUGAUAAACUGAACCUGAAACUAUAUAUGGUUCAAACACCAAUAGGCUUAUUUAAUAAUUUAUUACCUUGGACAACGUGGUGACAUAUUUUGUUGAGAUAUCAAUUAAUAGUAUAGGCACAUACCAAUUAUGACAAAGAUGCCAUGAUCAUCAGUAUCAAACCUUUUUCAGGUGCCACUUUACAGUAGGACGUGCUGAGGAUAUUGUUCUAUCACUAAUCAUGCCAUUUAAAUGCAGAAUGUGAUAGCUUCUGAUAUGGCUUUAAGUAUGGAUAAAUGAUCAGGUUGUGUAUUGCUUAAGCACAACUUAUUAGUUUACAGAUCGUGUUGAUUUCAGAUCUUAGUAGGUAUACUUGCAUUCCACUAGUUUUGUAUCAGAUAAGUUGUGGAAUACUAACUCUCACCAUAUAAAUACUUAUAUUUUCUCUUUUGGGUUUUCUUCAAUAAGAAUCUUUGGAUGUCAUGUCUAAUACCAAAUUGGUCUACAUAAGGUAAAUGCAAAUACCAAGUUCUUGCUUGGGUUAUGAAAGUGGCUAGCCAGGUGAAGUAUCUUCGAGCUGAAUUAAUUUUCAAUCUUGGAAAUCAGCUUAUUCCAUUUAAAGCUUCAGAAUAUAUUAUGCAAGAUCAUUUUUUUGGUGCAAUUUGUCAUCCUACGCGUGAAGAAAUUCAACUACUUGUAUCUACUCAUGUAUGCAUUUCCCAAUUAUCACGAUUCAGGUCUGCAUGUUGGAAAACAUGAUCUUCUUCUGGCCCCAACUUUUAUCAAAGCCUCAUUAAUAAAUAUUUGGGAGAUUGAAAACUAGUUAAUGUCUAAUUAUGAAGUUUUUUUUGAUAUUAUGUAAGAGUCCCUCGAAUCUAGUCUGUCCAAGGAAAAUUUUCACACAACUUGGGGCACAAUUGAUAAGUGUCGAUAUUUUUUGUAUCAAAGUCAUUACAAGUGGUGAAAUCUAAAAUAUGUUUUACUUGAAGCGGCUAAUCGUUUUUUUAAAUCUUUGGGAGUAAAUGAGUUUGGCUAUUUGCACUUUUCUUGAAAAAUGCAGUCAGUUGGCAAUCGGGUUGGGGUAACAGAGCCUUUCCUGAUGCGAAUAUCCCAUGGUGCACCAAUGCAUAUUUCCGAGAGAUCAAAAGGAAUAAAAACUCUCCAUGACAAAUUGCAAACACGAGCUGCAGCCAGUGGUAGCAGAAUGCCAUCAGAUGAUCUAACUCUUCGUGUUGCAAAGCGUUUUUAUGUAGCUCUUAUGCUAUCAAGACUUGUCCAGGUGAUUUUCCACAACCAUUGCUUUUGACUGUUAAACAUUUAUUUCAAGGGGAUGUGAUCUUUGAAUGCUAAUCAGUAUGAAAAGCAACUGCCAUGAUGGCGACACCAAUCUCAAAAUGCUUGAUAUCGCUACCUUUAACUUUCUUUUCUGUUCAACAUUAUAUUUUUUCAUAGCUUUAUAUCCGUUUAUUUGAUACAUUGCCCUGACAUGGCAAUAUACGCAAAGUUUUUUUUUUUAUAAUAUUUGACCCAUUUGCUUACGUUUAGGUAGAUCUUUUGUAGAAAUUUGCGACCUCCAGCUAUUUAACUGCUGAUCACCAUGUUUGGCAGGAGUUUGCUUAUUGAUCGGAAUUCAUGCUUUCCUUGUUCGUAAAAUAUAAAUUAUUGGCUAACUAGGUCUUUUAUUAGUCCCUGACUUCUCAAAUCUCUUACAUUCAGAGUUAUUAUUGUAUAUUCCUUGAUUUCUUUGAUAUAAUUCGUGGUUUUCAGUCGGUUAAUUUCCGGUUACUGCAGAAACACUUCUUGCUAGGUAGCUAGUACAUCUGCCAUCUCAGUUUCAUAUCUCCAUUUUUAACACAGUAUUCCUGUUCUUUUUGGCUUCAGGAGGUUCCAAUUGCUGAUGUUUGUGAGGCUUUUAAGGUCACUAGAGGCAUGGUCCAAGUGUUACAAGAAAAUGCCGGCAGAUUUGCUUUAAUGGUUUCCUCGUUUUGUGAAAGACUCGGAUGGCAUGAUUUAGGAGGGUUGGUUGCCAAGUUUCAGAAUCGGGUUUCAUUUGGAGUGAGAUCUGAGAUCGCUGAGCUCACUAACAUUCCAUAUGUGAAAGUAAUAUUCUCACAAAAACACAAAUGUUUAGAAUAUUGUUUUUAUGACAUAAAAAAUCUUCUUUAAAUCUCUGAUUUGAUACUUUUUCCAGUCUUAACAUGUUCUUUAUCAAAACUUGCCCUGUCCAGGGGUCUCGUGCAAGGGGACUAUAUAGGGCUGGAUUGCGCACUCCUUUGGCUAUUGCUGAGGCAUCCAUCCCUGAUAUUGCAAAGGCUCUCUUUGAGUCUUCUUCAUGGAGCACACAAGGUGAGAUAUAAUGUAGAAUGUAUGGAGUUCCCUCUGUGAACCUGUGACCCUCUCUUGUGGAGGUCGUUUGUGCUCUAUUUCUCUCUUAAUUUAUGAAAUAUGCUUCAGUUACUAGUUGAAUCCAUAUCUGAAAAGUUUUUCUUGUAGUUUAAUGUCAGAUGGAUUUAGCACUUACCGGUGUAUUAUCUGAUUAUGCUGAGCAUGUUUUAGUGGCAUUAUUUUUUUGAAAUUGUGUUACCAAUUGAAAUCUUCCACUAUUUUGUUGGUCACGUAAAUCUAUAUAUUUAAGUUCAGGUGUAAUUAGUACUCAGAUGUGAUGUUUACUCAUGAGUUCAACCUUCAAAUAUGGAGCUGAUGUCAAAACAAAAUAGUCUUGCAGUUUUCUUGAUUUUAAAGGCUUCUCUGUGUGACUUUGCAAUGAGGAAAGAUGAUGGUUUUUAUAUUAGCAUUGCAGUAUAUACAUGUUGAACCUUUUGCUUUUAUGAUAAUGUGCGAUUUUCUUGUCUGGCCAGAAGUCGUUUGCUGAAAAAACUCAGAUUGGUCCGAAAUUUGAUGACUAAAAUGAUCAAAAGUGUAAGAGGUGAAGCAAUUAGAAAUAGGUAGCCCUUAAAAGAGUGGAAUCGAGGUAAAGGGAGAAGAAGACGGUGGUGCAGGCCAAGAUGAACAAAAAAGGAACUACAAAGGAAGACAAACAAUGUUUAUGAAGUAAUACGAUGACAGAGAUUCGAAGAACAAAAGAAGGAGAGACAUAUACUGCCUUUCUUUCAGUGUAGCUCGUCAAGGAAGGAGAACAUUGAAGAUUGAGCUGGUAAAAAAAUGAAAAUACGCCAGAGAAAAUAAAAAAGGUUCUAGAUAGUUUGUUACCUUCUUCAGUGAUUUAUUGGAUAUUACUGGUUGAUUUUGAAUUUGCAUACUUAUGACUGACUGCGCUGUUUACUGAAGAUGUCAAAGAGGCCGUGUUUUACUACAGAUGCCCACAAAAUUUCCACGUCUGUAUCUUUUUUCCAGGGCUUUUCCACCAUCUUUGGGAGAGCAUUAAGAGAAAUUAUGACAGUUAACAAGGAAUUUGGACAGGCCAUAAUCCAUCAAGAUUUUCAAUUCUACUUGGAUAAUUCAGUACAAAAAAGGAGCAAGCUGAAAAAGCUGCAAACCACAGGGCCAUUAACUUAAUGAGUUGAGUACCACAGGACUGUCAUAAAUUGUUGGCAUAACAAUUAAAGGGCGCCGGAGAGGCUUUUUAAUAAAGUCAGCCAAAAUGUCCCAGGAGGAGCGAUUCCAAAAGGGAAGAAAUACGAGAGAAAGGUGUUUUGGCUCUUGAAAGAACCCUAGAACGGUUCUGAAGGGCUUUCGAGAGGCUCUCUGCUGUCCAUAGGUUCCUGCUUUUCCCCAAAUGUCCGCCUUCCACUCCCCAGACCGAACCCUAAAACCCUCCCAUAAGGACCCUGUAAUUACUAUCUUGCCCCCCCUUUUACACGGACUGUCCCUGUUGGCUAGACAGUCUUUUCCUUCGUCUGAAGUAAGUAAUUGCCGGAGUCAUAUCAGAAUUCUUUGGAACAUUUUGGCAGCUUUCUUUGUGAAGCGUACGAGCUAUAAAUUAUUAUUUUAUUUUUUUAGGAGGGGUAUUCUGGUGUUUCACAUUGACUUUUUUAUUAUGACGGGUUUAAAGAAAAAAUGGAUCAAUUAAGUAAUUAGCUGCGUUUCAUAGUUAAGGCCAAUCUUUAUUGGUUGAGGAUUUCUCAGGUUUCUUGAGAGCUCCCGGAGUUGAAUUUGUAACUGAUCCUUCAUCACUGAUAUUUUUCUGGCUGAGACGGAAAACUAUUGUAUCCACAUUAGUAGGGGAAGCCAGAUGGGUGGAUUUUGUUUUGAGCGCAUCUGUCUGCAAUAUACUGGCAGCAGCAUUUUGUUUGAAAGAGAUAAUGCAUCUCAAUCAAACAAUAUGACGAUGCUUUUUUGCAUCUUUUUUAAAUUGUUGAAUGGCUUUAAUUACACAGGGUUAGAGGUCUUUUUGUCAUUCUCGUUUAUGACACUAAUGGAAUACUUGUCAACACAUUCGGAUAUAAGGACGUUUUCUGUAACAACUUGAACAUACAAUUUGUGCGGCCUUGAACAUUUUCAUUUAUAUCUAUCCUGUUUUGAGGGGCGCCAGUUCCUUUCCUUUCGGUUCGGUGUAAAAGAAGCUGUGAGGCCUAUUAUAGAUUCUAACGUAGAUGACUUUUUAAAGUGUUCUGACUGUAGUGUUAUCACUUGAGGAAAAAAAGGACUUUGUCCUUUCUAUCUAAAUCUCUUCUUCAUUGGUCUCCUUAUCCUUGGGUACAGAGGCAAGGGUUUGCCCCCUAAAAAUUAAUGAAAAAGGGGAUGAUGCAUCCGAUAGCAUUUGUAUACUCUAAACAGGAGAGGCUAAUGAACCGUAUGACAUAUACUGUAUUUUAACUUGACUGAAUAAUGAGUUCGUUGCCUUAAAAGGAUUCAUGGGGUAUGUGUUCGAGAUUUAAGAAGCUUUUCUCAAUACAGUAGUGAUGAAAUUUGGAUAUGCUUUAAUUUGCAGCUGUUCAGUGUUAUCUGCUUAGUUGUGUGCUAAUGUUGAUAGUACCUGAAGGUCGAAUGCUAAGUACAUGUUGAGAUCAAAAACACCUUCCUGUUGUGGUGGCUACCAUACAUGGGCUCUUCGUUAUGCGGUUCUGUAGUUCCACAUUCUGAGAGUAUUCUCCAGAAUGGGGGGGGUACUCUUUGGUCUCCGGUUAUACAGAAAAUCAUUAGUGGGUAGCGUAUUCUGAGGGUAUUAGAGAAUGAUGCUUUUCCCUGUCGUCUUUUUUUGCUGGUCUAGCUGUUUUGAAAUUGGGAGGUGAACUAUAUCAUUAUUCUUUUUCCCUCUUGAAAAUAUUGGAUUUUUUUCAUGGAGAUCCUUGACUUGCAUUGUGAUAUGCUUUUUUUGUGUCUGCAAUUUGUAGAUUGUUCUAUCUAUAGCUGAUAAUAUUCAUGUUGUGCAUAAGAAGCGCUUUCUUGAAAUCAACUACUUCUUGUAUUUAAUUUUUUUGGUAGAAAAUCAUCCCAUUAAUAAUGCUGGUUGAUGUUUUAUGCAGUUGUAAUUAAGGAGUAAGAGAAUAUAUAUUUUUUGGCUUAUGCUUUGUAACUUUAGCUGCGAAAGAUUAUCAAGAAUUUUCCUCACCUCAAUUUUACUUUUAGGGUUUGUCAGACUGAUAGACCUUGUUUCGUAGCAUUCCAGAAAUUAAUAUAUCAAGCAGAAGAAGGUAGUAGUCUGGCGGAUGUCUUCUGUUUAAAUGCUAUCUUGUGAAUGUUGAUCGCCAUCUCUGUUGUGGUGUCAAUUCGGUAAAGAUUUGAGUCUAAUCUAUUCAGUUGAAGUGACUAGGCUACAUCGUUUCAUUUUAUUCUUAAGGGUGUCGAGAUUUCAUAGAGGAUGAUAUGGUAAUAUAAAUGUGAAAUGAUAGUUUAUGAUGUGUUUUGUUCAUAUUAUAUUGCUUGCGCCUUACUGCUUUUUAAUUCUACUCCUAUAAUUUUGCAAAUUAGUGAUCCCUUUGAACAUUAUUUUAUUUUUGUACCAUGUCAUUCUUUUGAUUUGCUAAAACUUUUCAUUGUCCUUGGCAUAUUUGCGUUAAAUGUACUUAGAGGGCACAACUAUGAGACGUAUACAACUGGGAAUGGCAAAGAAGAUUAAAAAUGGUGCACGCAAAAUAAUUUUCGAUCAAGCAGAAGAAGCAAGAGUUGCUGCCUUUUCAGCAUUUAAAUCUCUUGGGGUUGACGUUCCUCAGUUAUCCUGUCCCUUAGUGCCAUCUGAUUAUAAAGGCUCCAUGCAGGUUGCUAAUGUACCAUCUGAUGGUUCAAAUACUCGCUCUGGCUCUGAUAGCAUUCAAUAUAAAGAGACUAAAAUUGAUGUUGUCAAGGACUCAAACAACAUAAAUGAUGAUCCUUUGGUUAAUUUUAGUGCAAAUAAAGAGAGUCGAGAGGCAUCAUUCUUUUCAGAUGAGAGAAAGACGUUCUCUGUUGGUCAUGUUCCAGUGCAAUCUCCUAACCCUGAUCAAGGUCAAUUUUCUGGAGAGCAUCGCAUUGCCAGCUGCCAUACCAUUAAUUUUCAAAGGAAAGGUCCUAUUAAUGCAAGCGCUGUUUCUGGAGGUUUUGACUCAUUUCUGGAUCGGUGGGAAGCAAUGACAGAGUUUUAUUUCGAUGUACACUUUACCAAAAGAUCAGAGCUAUACUCGCUUGUUCCAUUUGAAAUUUUCGGCCUGGCAGUCUGUUGGAAGGAAUCUCCUGUGUAUUAUAUCAGCCUUCCUAAAGAUCUAAUAGCCUCCUCUUCGGUAAGUUCGCAAGAUAGUGGCAGCAAGAAUUCCUCUGAUUACAAAACGAAAUUUCUUUCUCUUGCUGACUUUUGGAAGACAGCUAGUUAUAGAUGGGAAAGGAUAUGUGGAAUAAUGGGCCGCACUGGUCUGAAAAAAUUCACGUGGGAGUUAAAGUGUCAGAUUCAGGCCUUAAGAUUUCCUGGAAUUUCUAUGCAGAAAUUUGGUGGUCUGCAUUUUGAACAUGGGUUGGAGAAUGGCAUUAGAAUUGUGGAUAACUCCCAUAUUUUGCUGCCAACAGUUGUCGUCAAUGACGGAAUUGAUAUGUGCCUUGUUGCCUGGAUCCUUUGGCCCGAUGAGGAAAGCAAAAGUGGUCCAAACCUCGAGAAGGUAGCUCCUUCUGUGAUCAUUCAAUUCUAUCCAUUGGGAUAGAAUACUAAUGCAUUUUUUCCAUCGUAAUUUCUUCAUGUCACCUUCUAUCAUAGUGGAGAGUCCUGAAACAUCUCAAUGUUCAGUGUAGUUCUGCUUUGUGUGAUGACCUAACAUGGACAUGCAUUUAUUACAGAUGGUUAAGAGGCGGUUAACCAGUGAGGCUGCAGCAGCUGCUAAUCGGGAUGGUAAGUGGAGAAGUCAGAUGCGACGUGCAGCACAUAAUGGCUGUUGUCGACGAGUGGCACAGACGCGAGCUUUAGGUUCUGUUCUGUGGAAUCUGCUUGUAUCCGAGGAUUUGGUUGGCACACUUAUUGACAUUGAGAAUCCUCUGGUAAUAUUUGAUUAUAAUUUGAAGAAGACUUUUGACUGCAUAGGAUAAUAGAUUUGUCUUUUCCAGGUACCUGUGAUUUUGUGAUGUUAAUUUUUCUUUUGUUGAAUAUGGACACCUCAUAGGUUAAAGUUCUUUCCGACAUGGAGCGGCAGGGUAUUGGAGUUGAUAUUGAAGCUUGUCUUCAGGCAAGGCAGAUUUUGGGAAGAAAGGUGAGGGAGCUUGAGAAGGAAGCUUACAGACUUGCAGGCAGAUCAUUUUCGCUUUAUACAUCUGCAGACAUCGCAAAUAUUCUUUAUACUCACUUGAAGUUGCCCAUUCCUGAGGGCGCCAAGGGGAAACAACAUCCUAGCACUGAUAAGCAUAUCCUAGACUUACUGAGGUAAUUUAUUUUUGAAGUAAUGCUGAGUACUCUCUUGAUUUUGAUGCUUUCAAGGUUAUACAGUCUGUACGAUCCAGUCUAGACAUAGUUGGUACGAUCCAACUCACUUUCCUUCAGUUUCCAAGUCUAAAACUAUGAUUCAAGUUUGCUAAUCUUGAUUAGAGGCAUAAAUAAAUUUGAUGAGCAGCAACGGGUGAGUAAUUUUCAUGGGGCUUACUUUCCCAGCCUUCCUUAAGAUAACUUUACUUAAUUUUAAUGAUAUUUCAUUGUAGGGAAAGGCUUAGUCUUAUCAAUCUUGGGCCAACAUUUGGAGUCCCAUGUAUAAUAUUUGAUCAUAAAUAGUACAUGAAUGAAUAAUCCGGUACAAAAAUUAACUAAAUGAGGCAUUGAAAAUUGCUAUCCUUGAGUCUUCAGAGAAAUGACAAUGCUUUCUUUCCAUAUGAUCAAGGGCCGCUUCUGCUGUUGUGGUUUCUUUUUAACUGAACUAUCAAUGACAUUGUAGUGUUUUCCAAGUCCAUCUUUCAUUCUUGUAGUGUCAAUGGUCAACUGGAUACAACUGGUUACACCCUUCUAUUCUUCUGUAUUCUUUAGUUUCUCUCUACUCUCUUAUUCAUCAGGAUUGUAUUAACCAGUUGAAGAACUAUACUGUCGGUUGUCUUCAGGUGCCAACAUCCCAUCGUUUCAGUAAUUAAGGAACAUAGGACCCUGGCCAAGCUCUUAAAUAGUACUCUGGGAUCAAUUUGCUCAAAAGCCAAGUUGAGUGUAGAAUCACAGAGAUAUAUUCUGAGGGGGCAUUGGCUCCAGACAUCAACAGCCACUGGACGACUUUCCAUGGAGGAUCCGAAUCUUCAGGUCUUUUUGUCUUCAUUUUUUUCAUUUUGUUGGUUAUUUGGUCUUGAACUUGACCUUUAGUUGGUGCGAUUCAUGUAGUGCGUCGAGCACAUGCUAGAGUUUACCAUGGAUUCUUCUACAGAGGAGCAUCGCCAAAUCAAUGCUCGUGAUUUUUUCAUUCCAACUCAAGUAAUGUUCGAAAUCUUCUUAACUUAACUCCUGUUACUUCAUGAAAAAUUAUGUUGACUAUUCCUUGGAUGUCGUGUAGGAAAAGUGGGUGCUACUUGUUGCAGAUUACUCUCAGAUAGAACUACGACUGAUGGCUCAUUUCUCCAAAGACUCUUCAUUAAUCGAUCUCCUUAGUAGGUCUGAUGGAGAUGUUUUUACCAUGAUUGCUGCAAGAUGGACUGGGAAGUUGGAAUCUGUGAUAACAUCUGAAGAGAGAGAACAGACUAAGCGGUUAGUUUAUGGCAUUUUGUAUGGGAUGGGUGCCAAUUCCCUUGCAGAACAACUAGACUGUCGUGCAGAUGAAGCAGCAGAAAAAAUUCAAAGCUUCAGGAACUCCUUUCCUGCUGUUUGUAUAUGGCUCCAAGAAGCCGUUGCAUCUUGUCGACUGAAAGGGUGAUUUUUCUUCCUUUUGUUUGUCUCACUGUUAUGACAAACAGCAAGCCUAUUUUGUGCUUUUUAGAUACCUUUCAGCAGUUUAUGUAACCAGUGUGCUGUGCAUAUUGUAUUGUUUACAAAGCUUUUCUUGCUUUUGUAUUUUGAACCUAGAGCGUUUUCAUUGUCUUAAUUUAUCUUCUUAGGUUGUAUUCUAGUACUAAAGAUUUCUCAUUGUUUUUUUUUUCUUUCAAUUUUAUACUCUUAAGUGAUCUUUCGUGACUUUGGCACCAUGCAGGUAUGUGCAGACCAUUAAAGGCAGAAGACGUUUUUUGUCAAAAAUAGAUUCUGGAAAUAACAAAGAGAAGGCUAGGGCCCAGAGACAAGCAGUAAAUUCUAUUUGUCAGGUUGUAACAUCUCUUGAGUUAGUGUUGCUUUGAUACUUUAAUCUAUGAUAAAUUCCUUAGAAAAAAUGUUUUCCAGGGCUCUGCUGCUGAUAUAAUCAAGAUCGCUAUGAUAAAGAUUCACUCUGUGGUCGGUGAAGGAUAUGGGCAGAACUCAUUCAAUGAUCAGGAACAACAAUAUUCCAUGCUUAAAGGCCGUUGCCAUAUACUAUUGCAGGUUUGAUGGCUUACUGACCGCUUUGACACGCCCUUAAUUAUUGCUCUUUUUUUGCUUGAGAAAAUCAAAGACAAUGGAUCAGCUAGGAAAUCUGAAUGCUCUGUAAAGAUACAAUCUUUUAUAAAGUUUAGUUUUGGUCCUGCAAAAUUUUCUGGAUGUGCUUUUUUAUUGAAAUUAGACCACUUCCUUCUGGGCUCCUCAUUUCCCUUCAAUUGUUCUCCUCUCACUUUUACCUUUCUUCUCGACCCUUGGAUGCACCACUGCAGUGUCUCUGAAAACUACAGCCAAUCGUCUCAAUUUUGUGGUAGCAACCCACAUCCUGAGGAUGACACACUGAUGUUGAGGUACAGACAGGCAGUUUUUUAUAACCCUCUUCCUCUGGUUGGGCCAACUAAGUCAAAUGGACCCUGGUAACGUCCAUCAUUCACUUGCCGUCUCUCUCUCUCUCGCCUCCCUCCCUCCCUCCCUCCCGCCCCCUUUGACCAUGCUGCGUAUUUUCUUCUUUCAAUCAAUUUUUCUUGAAUCUCUAACUCACGUUGAAGUGUUAUGGAUUUCAAAUUUGAUCCGGUGGCUUAUUUGCUUUCACUCUUCUGCUUCUCUUGCAGAUAAUUGAGUUUUCCGAACCUUUUUCCACGCACCUUAGUUUGUUUUAAAUCAUUUUUAUGCAGUGUUGCAUAUCCAAACUCUUUUUUGCAAGAACUUUUGUGCAUGUUAAAUACCAGUAAUGCCUUACUUCAGCUCAUACAGUUACGCUUGUUUUACUAGUAAUGCUUUCUUCGAUACCAGUAAGUAGUUCAUGCUUAGAUUUGCCAAUGCGUAAUGGGUAGACACACUGAAUGUGCAGACAAUUACUUCUUUCAGCUAUUUUUGCCCUCCCUAGCUGGAAAUAAGUUGCUUGCUUCAGCUCAUAACUGGAUCUUGCCAUGGUUCCAUUCAAUCAGGUACACGAUGAACUAGUGCUAGAAGUUGACCCUUGUUUUGUUCGCGAGGCUGGGCUCCUACUGCAGUCAAGCAUGGAGAGUGCUGUCACGCUUCAUGGUUAUGUCUGAAACUUUUAGUCUAUCUGGUUCUUUUUGAUCUUUUCAGAGGCCUUGCUUGAUUUCCUCUCUUGUUUCAGUCCCGUUGCAUGCCAAAUUGAAGGUGGGAAGAACAUGGGGCUCCUUGGAGCCACUUAAUGUGAAACCAGAGAGCUAG